AUGUUUGAAAAAAUAUAAUAUGUGGAUAUUUCAAUGUUGUUUUUUAAAUUCCAGGAUUCAAAAAUAUCUUUGAGGUUCAUUCAAACAUUUUCACACUACCUAAAUUAUGAGGCUGUAAUUCACUAUUAUGAUCUAUCUGUUAACGCCAUAAUUAAAGCUCAAAAUACAAUAUAAAGCAAAACACAAUUAAAGUCAGCUAAGAUAGUUUAAAAAAUCAAAAUUACCUCACCCAAACAACUGGAAGAGAAUUAAAAUUUAGAAACUAAACUGAAGCAAUUGCAGAAAGAAGAAACAGAGUCUCUAAUUAGAUUUAAUCUAUCACAAUUCUUAAUCCCAAAGAAAAAAGUUGGAGGACUAUUUAGAUGUUAUAAAAACUAGAAUGAAAAUUUUUUUAACUACCCUUUACCAUAAGAAAUAGUUAGAAAAACUAAACAUCUAAUCAUAUAUUGA